AUGCCUCAACACAAUCCUCCUCAUUAUUUCAAAGACAACUCAUUGGAAGGUUUUUUAGAGAAUUUUGGGGAUUAUGUAGAUAAGCACAAUCGAAUUGUGUAUAACAUGUGGGACUAUGAUUACUAUUAUGAUGAUGAUCAAUACUCUAUGAUGAAUACAAUUCCGAUUGCUCUUAUUUUGGAAUUGCAGGAAGAUCAUCACGAGAACUUACCGAAAUAUAUUUUAUGGGGAGAUUUGACGAGACAAAUUCCGAAAAGAAAUUAUAGACCUUCUUACUUGUUUGUUGCCAUUCGAUCGGAAGGAUGCUGGAUUGAGGUAUCUUUUGCAUUAUUGAAAUUGGGAAGGCUAGGUUCUUGUGUGGACGACUCUCGACUCACAUUCCUGCAUCACUUGAAUAAUGACAAUAGUUCAAUGAAAAGUUAUUCCAUGUCAGACCAACUUCUUUCAUUUUACAUUUCUCAGAAUGAUGAGAAGCAAAUUACGUUUCUUUGUGAAAUUGAAUUCCAAUUUCAAUUGGUGCUGAAUGAUCAAGAUGUGAAAAAAUCGACUUUUCAUUACUUGGAGACUUUCAAUUAUUUAUCGACGAGGUAUAAAAGUUUUUGGGGAGAAUCAUCACUCUUUAGUGUCAAUGAGAAUGUUUAUUAUCAUGCUGUAAUGAAUUCGCACUGGAACGGUGGACUUGGAUCUUUUCAAACAACAGAUUUAAUUCGUGUUUCCACUCAAUCCGACAAUAAUCAAUAUGCAAACGUUGAACAAGUGAUAUGCAUCAAGAAUGGACCUGUUGUAUAUGCCUUACUAAUGGAAAAGCAAGAAAAUGACAAUAAUGAAGAGAGUUACAAGGAAUUUUUUGUAAUUUUGACUGAGGAACGAAAAAGAGAAAGCUCCAUUCAAAAGAUUCACAUCCAAAAGAAUGAACCUCCUUCAAAAACCAAUGUUUAUUUCACAAACUUUGAAAAGUAUUUUGUGGACGAACAGAAUAAGUUUAAUUUAGAAAUUGUUGCUCAUUGCAAAUUGACUUUUAACAAGUACUUGGUUAUGGCCUAUUGUAAAUCAAAACGAAACCAUAUAACAAAAGUCAACACAUUUCAACAAUUAUUUACGGAUCGGACCAUGUGGCUUUUGAUUGAUGUUCAAUCCAAACAUAUCAAACAGGUUUUUCCAAGAGUGUAUGAUUUGGCAAAAAAACAACACGAUACAAAAGAUGACUUUACACCUGUCACAAAACGUAAGAGACGAGGAACGUUUUCAGUUUUGUCAAACCCCGAAUAUGAAGAUGGAGAUUUAAAUGGAGGCUACUCGAAUGUGACUCUUCUAAAACAAAUUAAGAACUUGAAAGGUGUUAAUGACAAGGAUUACGAAAAUGAGGAACAAUCCAAUGAAGAUACCAUCCCAUUCGAUCAAGAACUGAUGUCUCCCAAUAUUGAAACUAUGAAAGGAGUAUUUUUGAAGGCAUUCAGACCCUUCGCAACAAAUGCAGACAUCUUUCAAGUGAUGGUCUUUUUUACAACCACUCAACCCAAGCAAUAUGCGAAAAUGUUUAGAUUUUUCUUUAAAUUUCGGGAUGAGUGUAAUAUCAAUCUCCACAAAGUUGCCAAAUACUUUACUGACGUGACUUUUGAAUUCAAGUAG